CGCCUAGCGCCCGCCUAGAAACCGCCUAGCGACCGCCUAGCAGCCUAGCGCCCGCCUAGCCGGUUGACUGAAAGUUUGAAACCCGAAAUUGAAAAAAUUUAGCUGCAAAUUGGAGCUUGAGACUGGGAAGCCGAAGCAGUGAAGCACAAGUCAGGUCCAUAGAAGAAGAGAUCAUGAGACUCUUAAUUCAUCUAAUUCCAUUCCUCCCCCUGUUUCCCGCCUUAUUCUCUUCUCUCUUGGCUCUCUCCCAAACGACAUGUUCACCUCACCACACCGACGACAACUCCUCCCAGAGUUUGCUUGGUUAUUUUCUCAUUUCUGUCACAACUGCUCUUGAAAGAGCCACCGAGGAAAAAUCCUUACUACUAAAUAAGAUUCGAGACAUAAAUGAAGUAUCAAGACAGGAGGUGGAUGAAAUUAUCAAUAUGUUUGCUCGGCAAGUUUGUGUUUCAUCAUCUGACAAUAUUCAGAAAAGGGUGCUCUUUAGUUCAGUGAUACUCACCCAUCUCUAAAAAAUAGCUGAGGUCAUGAGAGUGCUUGUUGAUGAAGAGCAUUUGGGUUGGAAUAAAGUGUGGGACAUUGCUUGCAACUGGCUCGCGAGCAUAUGCAGCAGAUCCUGACCUUCAACAAGAAUGGAUGAUGGUAAAGAAGGUUAACAAAAUGAGGCUCGCUGAGUGCAUUGAAGCAAUGAGUGGUGUGAAGGUUAGUUUAGAUGCAAUGUUUGAUGUGCACACAAAGCGAAUACACGAGUACAAAAGGCAGCUGCUUAAUAUACUUGGCAUUAUCCAUCGAUAUGACUGUAUCGAGAACGUGGAGAAAAGUCAAUGGCGUAAGGUUGUACCUCAUGUCUGCAUUAUUGGGGGAAAAGCUGCUCCCGGUUAUGAGAUUGCCAAGAAGAUUAUCAAACUUUGUCAUGCUGUCGCAGAAAAAAUAAAUAGUGACACUGAUGUCGGAGAUCUUCUGAAGUUGGUUUUUAUUCCUGAUUAUAAUGUAUCUGUUGCUGAAUUGGUAAUACCUGGGGCUGACCUUUCACAGCAUAUAAGUAAACUUUGCAGCAUCUAAAUUUGAUGGAACCCCAAAAAACACAAUCUUUCAAAAUACAAAAUCCUGAGCGCUUCAGCUUUUGGGUAACUUUAUAUCUUGCUUCUUUAUCAAACUGGCGUCCUCAUGAAACGUUGGAUGUCCUACGCUUUCGAGAUACAAGAGAGGUAUUGCACUUUUCUCCCCUCUUCACAUUGGGAAUUUCAGGCGCAAGUGGGUAUGGUAUAUGUAAGAAUGAGAUGCUACUUCUCAUCUAACACAUGUUGUUUGAAAUCUCAUUUAGAAUAGUUUGAAUAUCAAUGCCAUUUGACAUCUGAUACCUUCAAUUUAUUUCAAAACAGAGCUUCAAACUUCUCUUUGUUGUUUUGUUAGACUGUUUUGUAUCCAAUAUCUCAUCUGCGGAGAAUACAACAUGGACUAAGAUAUCCUAGAGCAGAAGAGCAGGGUUGUCAAGUGCAAUGAGAAAAGGGCUGUAAUUGGGUUUAGUUCAUAAUUAGGAUGGAUACAUUUUAGAAAGUAAAUUCUUAUACAAGCAAUUUUCUACUAUGAAAUUCAACAUUCUUUGAUCCACAAAAUGUUGGCGGAU